AAUAGAUUGAACAAGAAAUAUCUUGGAAAUUCGCUGGUUUAAAGGUUGCAUCUACCUACCAAAAAGGAGCAAUAUUUUAUAAAAAUAAUCUAAAACUGCUUUCACUGCUUCUGAAAAGAAAUGAGCUCAUCACACUGAACCCAAUGGUUUGAAAGAUUCUGAAUAGCGCCAAAGCUUCCAUUGCUUUUGAUGCUUGAUUAUUUUAUUUCCUCAAAACAUGAUAAUCCAGUUCCCAUGGAAGAAAUGCUUCCCAUUAUAUUAUGUCCUCAAAGUUCCAGCUGCUGGCUUCAAAAGUUCAAAGGAAAGAGGGCUUAUCCUACAGUCUGUGUCUCAGGAUGUUUACCAGAAUUUAGCAUUAGAGGAUUGGAUCCAUGAUAACAUGGAUUUAGAAAAGAGACAUGUUCUUCUCCUCUGGAGAAAUUCUUCUGCUGUAGUGAUCGGUCGGCAUCAGAAUCCCUGGCAAGAAUGUAACCUUGGAGUCAUGAGGCAGAAGGGGGUAAGGCUUGCUCGAAGAAGAAGUGGAGGAGGUGCAGUUUACCAUGACACAGGCAACAUUAAUCUGACCUUCUUCACUGACAGAAAAAAAUAUGAAAGAAUUGAAAAUUUAAAACUAGUUGUCAAAGCUUUGAAGUCCCUAAGACCCCAGCUAGAUGUUCAGGCUACUGAGAGAUAUGAUCUCUUGUUAAAUAAAAUCUUUAAAAUUUCAGGAACUGCUGCAAAAUUAGGAAGAACAGCUGCUUAUCACCACUGCACUUUACUGUGCAAUACUGAUAAAUUGGUUCUAACAUCUGUGUUAAAGACUCCUAACAGUGGAAUCCAAAGUAACGCCACACCAAGUGUGCCUGCAUUAGUGAGAAAUCUCUAUGAAGAAGAUCCCACAUUAACUUGUGAAAUGCUUAUGGAAGCCAUUGCUGGCGAAUAUGCUUCACAUCAUCAUGCUGAAAACCAUACCCAUGUCAUAAAUCCAGCCGAUGAAACAGAAUUCCCUGGAAUUAACAAUAAAGUCAUAGAAUUAAAAGCCUGGAAUUGGCUAUAUGGAAAAACACCAAAGUUCAAAAUCAGCACAUCCUUUAAUAUAGGACACGAGGAAUCCAAUGUUGAAAUUCAGAUAAAUAUGGAUAUAAAGAAUGGUAACAUUGAAGCUUGCCAAAUAGAUGUGCCUCAGAACUGGCUGCCACUGGAUGUGUGUGUGGAACUCGGGAACAGCCUGAUUGGCAACAGGUUUUGCCCAAAUGAAAGCACUGCCAUGGCAACUGCUUUGCUGAGAACUUGGGCAGAUUCUACAUUACACAGCAAAUUGCAUAUCUUAUGUGAGAAGAUUGUAACAUUAAUGUAACUUUUAUGUGAUGAGCUGGAUUCUUGGAUAUCAAGUUAGUAGUUUAACACAAGAUUGUCAUGUAUGAUUUUAGAAGAGUUCAGUGAAUGUAAACAGAUUUAAUGUUACAUAGUUACAUAACUACUGAACAAAAAUAACACUUGAAUAUAAAGUUCCUUUUUUUAAAGGGAGAUAGUUAAUUGAUACUGCAGUCUUCUCAAAUGUGAACUCCAGAGUUUAAUGGAACUUGAAGUAACUUACAAUAGAGUUGCAACCAAGAAUGCAAUUAUGAUAAUAAUAAUAAUACACUAUUGGGUGGGGGAAAAUGUGGAUAGAAAGCUAUAACUAAUAACCGUUUUCAAAUUCAAUAUAUUACUGGUCCAAACACCCAACUUAUGCCACAUUUGAACUGAUGUUGAAACAUUACUCCUGUUAUAAUCAACAAAAUUUAAAAGAUGUCUUUUGUGCUGGAUAAGAGUUGCCUCAAGGUGAAAUAGGUGGCAAAUAAAUCUAAUAACAUGUUAGCAACCUUAUGAAAGGUUA